UUCGACCGCGGCAGUGGCCUACGUUUCACCCACCUCUUUUUUUUAUUCUCCUCUCCUCCACUCCCCUUCUUUUCUAUUUUUUUUUUGGCCUUAUAGAAAACACAAAAUUUCUGUCUUGUUCUCUACUGCCUAGUACAGGACACGAGAUAGACAUAUUUGAUAUCCGAUUACUCACUGUCAGAUCUAAUCUCAGCACCAACAAGGAGAGGUGAUCGAGGCAGGCACGGAGUAGCGAAGCUGGAGCAGUUAAAGACGAUUGGUAGGGAGCUCGCCAUGGGCUCCCAAGGCGGAUUUUAUCAGUCCAAAGAGUUUCUGGAUCUGGUGAAGUCCAUCGGCGAGGCUCGAUCCAAGGCUGAAGAAGACCGGAUUGUUCUCAACGAGAUCGAGACUCUCAAACGCCGCAUCUCGGAGCCCGACAUCCCGAAGCGCAAGAUGAAAGAGUACAUCAUCCGAUUGGUUUACGUUGAGAUGCUCGGUCACGAUGCUUCCUUCGGUUACAUUCACGCCGUUAAAAUGACUCACGAUGAUAGUCUUCUCGUCAAGAGAACCGGUUACUUGGCCGUCACACUGUUUUUAAAUGAAGAUCACGAUUUGAUCAUUUUGAUUGUCAAUACCAUACAGAAAGAUUUGAAGUCUGACAAUUACUUGGUGGUUUGCGCCGCCUUGAAUGCCGUUUGUAAGUUGAUCAAUGAGGAGACAAUUCCUGCGGUGUUGCCGCAGGUUGUGGAGUUGCUGGGGCAUCCUAAGGAGGCUGUGCGGAAGAAGGCCAUCAUGGCCCUCCAUCGCUUUUAUCAGAAAUCCCCCUCUUCUGUCUCGCAUCUUGUCUCCAAUUUUCGCAAGAGGCUUUGCGAUAAUGAUCCUGGAGUCAUGGGUGCAACCCUUUGUCCGCUUUUUGAUCUUAUAACAAUAGAUGUUAAUUCUUUCAAAGAUUUGGUUGUCAGCUUUGUAAGCAUUCUUAAACAAGUAGCUGAACGCAGACUACCAAAAGCAUAUGAUUACCAUCAGAUGCCAGCACCAUUUAUUCAGAUCAAAUUGCUGAAAAUUCUGGCUUUGCUUGGAAGUGGUGACAAGCAAGCAAGUGAAAACAUGUACACUGUAGUGGGAGACUUAUUCAGGAAGUGCGAUUCCUCAAGUAAUAUAGGAAAUGCCAUUCUUUAUGAGUGCAUAUGCUGUGUUUCCUCUAUAUAUCCCAAUGCCAAGUUGUUAGAGUCUGCAGCUGAUGUUAUAUCAAGAUUUUUGAAGAGUGACAGUCAUAACCUAAAAUACAUGGGCAUUGAUGCUCUUGGUCGAUUGAUAAAAAUAAGUCCAGAUAUUGCUGAGCAACACCAACUGGCUGUGAUUGAUUGCUUAGAGGACCCAGAUGACACUCUGAAGAGAAAAACCUUUGAACUGCUGUAUAAGAUGACCAAGUCUACAAAUGUGGAGGUUAUUGUUGAUCGCAUGAUUGAUUACAUGAUUAGCAUUAAUGACAAUCAUUAUAAAACUGAAAUAGCAUCUCGAUGUGUUGAACUUGCGGAGCAAUUUGCGCCAAGCAAUCAGUGGUUCAUCCAGACCAUGAAUAAAGUUUUUGAGCAUGCGGGAGAUCUGGUGAAUAUAAAGGUAGCACACAAUUUGAUGCGGUUGAUUGCUGAGGGAUUUGGAGAGGAUGAUGAUUCUGCAGACAGUCAACUGAGAUCAUCUGCUGUGGAGUCAUACUUGCGCAUUCUUGGUGAACCUAAGUUGCCAUCUGUUUUUCUUCAAGUAAUUUGUUGGGUGUUGGGGGAAUAUGGAACAGCUGAUGGAAAGUUCUCUGCUUCCUACAUUACUGGGAAGUUAUGUGAUGUGGCAGAGGCAUAUUCUAAUGAUGAGACUGUUAAGGCAUACGCAGUUACAGCUCUCAUGAAAAUAUAUGCAUUUGAAAUAGCAGCUCGGAGGAAAGUAGAUCUGCUGCCUGAGUGUCAUUCUUUAAUGGAAGAAUUAUUGGCUUCUCACUCAACAGAUUUGCAGCAACGUGCCUAUGAACUGCAAGCAGUGAUUGGCCUUGAUGCUCAUGCUGUUGAGUGUAUUAUGCCAUCAGAUGCAAGUUGUGAAGAUAUUGAGGUUGAUAAAGGCCUUUCAUUCCUUAAUGGUUAUGUUGAAGAGUCGAUAGAAAAAGGUGCUCAGCCCUAUAUUCCUGAGAGUGAACGCUCUGGUAUGUUAAAUAUUAGCAAUUUUAGGAACCAAGAUCACCACGAAGCUUCAUCACAUGGUCUCAGGUUUGAGGCAUAUGAGCUUCCAAAGCCUACAGUGCAAUCUAGGAUUCCUCCAGCAUUACUUGCUUCAACCGAACUUGUUCCAGUACCUGAGCCAAUGUAUCUUAGGGAGAGCUACCAAACUCCUUCUGUGCCAUCUGUAUCAUCAGAUGCAGGAUCCUCAGAGCUCAAGCUUCGACUAGAUGGAGUCCAAAAGAAGUGGGGUAAACCAACAUACUCUCCUGCAACGUCUACCUCAAAUUCCACAGCACAGAAAACAGUUAAUGGGGUCACACAAGUUGAUGGGGCAAGUUCUACAAAUUCAAGAACACGUGAAACCUAUGAUUCAAGGAAAUCACAGGUUGAAAUAUCUCCAGAAAAGCAGAAGCUUGCUGCUUCACUGUUUGGAGGUUCAUCAAAAACGGAAAAGAGGCCAGCUACUGGUCAUAAGAUUUCAAAGGCAAGCACCCAAAUGGUGAAGUCUCAUGUGCCAAAGUCUAGCAUGGAAGUUGCAUUGGAAAAGACAGCUCCUGUUCAACCAGCUCCGGAUUUGCUUGAUCUGGGGGAACCAACUGGCACAAGUGUUGCCCCUUUAGUAGAUCCAUUUAAACAACUGGAGGGCCUUCUUGACACAACUCAAGUUGGUUCAGCUGCUGCUGCCAAAUCACCUGAUAUUAUGGCAAUGUAUGCAGACACACCUGCUGGCAUACACGAUAAAGAUGACGGUGAUCUUUUAUCUGGCUUGUCAAAACCUCCAGUGACAAACAUGCCUGGUGGUACCACAACCACACAACAAGAGCAACGAAGUAAGGGUCCCAACCCUAAAGAUUCCUUGGAAAAGGAUGCACUGGUUAGGCAGAUGGGUGUGAACCCAUCGAGUCAGAAUCCAAACUUGUUUAGAGAUCUACUUGGCUGAAGUAUAUUUGAAGGGUUUACAUGAUUUACUGCUAUCCAAAUAUCAGUGUGGUUUUUCCAUGCAGCCGGGCAGAUGAUGGAUCAAUCAUGCAAAGCUGUACACUAUUAUGAGCAGAUAUGCGGAGAGUAGUCGUAUAAAUCGAUUCAGCCACCUGGAAUGGGGUUUAAGAUUCAGGUACGGGUUGUUCGUAGUUGUUGGAGAGUAGAGUUUUUUUCUUUCAUUUUCUUUUUUGGCCUAGGAAGUAGCGCAGACACUGGUGUUCGCUUGAGUGAUCGGCUGCGGAGCUUUUCGUGGUUACAACUUUUAAGGUUUAUAUAUGGCUGAUGCCCCAAAGACGAAGGGUUUAGCCAAGCAUGCUUGCCGCUUUUGCCCUCUGACGUUGGGUCUCUUGUUGUUAUAAUUAUGCUGUAUAAAUAUUAUCAAUAAAUUGUCCUUAUUUUUUCUUUUUUGGAAUUUCAUUCAAUUAUAAUUUUUCUUGCUUGCUA